UUGACCAGAGGAUCAUGAUUAUCUGUGUGCGUUUUUUCUUCUGCAUGUCUUGUCGGAAUCAUUGAAUAUUCGCUCUUUUCGGUGGAGAUUUUCUGCGCCGUGCGCUUGUCAAUGCUUGCGCCUUUUCUCGUCUGGGCAGCCUUCUUUCUUCUUUAAAAUCUCUCGGAUUCAGCACUUAUCACAUUAUUUCCUCAGAUUUCUCUGUUUUUGGAGGCUACUCAGUCUGACUGGAAUUAAAUGAGGAAGUAAUUGCGGCACUGAAACAUGGAAGACACCAUCUCUCCAGCUGUCAACACGAGAGCCAAAGCUCCGUCAGAGAUAACAGCCCAACAGGACGAGCAAUGGAAAGAGCUCGCCUGAGUCCACCAGGACCACGUGAAGCAGCUUCUGUACGACAUUUGAUCUUUGUCUUUGGAUUACCGGAUUUGCAGUUGCACAGUUGGUUGGACUACAUCAAGGCUGAAGGGUUGUGUUCGGGUACCAGCUUCUUUCACAGUGUUUGGUCUAAUGCUUAAUCUAAGAAUGAUCCCUCAAAUUGUCACUUUGAUUUUGGGAGUUACUCUUGUCAGCUGUCAACAAGCACAAUACACCACCGUCACCACAAACUAUGGGAAACUGCGUGGACUGAGGGUGGCAUUGCCUAGUGAGAUCUUGAACCCCGUGGAGCAAUAUCUGGGUGUACCUUAUGCCAUGCCCCCUACUGGAGAGCGGAGGUUUCAGGCACCCGAGCCACCCUCAUCUUGGCCUGGCAUCAAGAAUGCCACCCAGUUUGCAUCCGUGUGUCCGCAGUAUCUGGAAGACAGACUUCUGCUCACCGACAUGCUGCCAGUCUGGUUUACCACCAAUCUGGACACAGUGGCCACGUAUGUCCAUGACCAGAGUGAAGACUGCCUGUACCUCAACAUUUACGUGCCAAUAGAGGAAGAUUCACAUGCCGACACUGGAUUAAAGCCAGUCAUGGUUUACAUUCACGGUGGAUCGUACAUCGAGGGCACCGGUAACAUGAUUGAUGGCAGUAUUCUAGCCAGCUAUGGAAAUGUCAUCGUCAUCACAGUCAACUACAGGUUAGGAGUUUUAGGGUUCCUCAGUACUGGUGAUCAAGCUGCAAAAGGAAAUUAUGGUCUUCUGGAUCAGAUCCAGGCUCUCAGAUGGGUCAAAGAGAACAUUCAGUCAUUCAAUGGAGAUCCACAGAGAGUGACUAUAUUCGGUUCUGGAGCUGGAGCAUCGUGUGUCAGUUUACUCACUCUCUCACACUAUUCUGAAGACCUGUUUCAGAAAGCGAUCAUUCAGAGCGGGACAGCUCUCUCCAGCUGGGCUGUCAACUACCAGCCCGUCAAAUACACCCGCAUGCUCGCUGAGAAGGUGGGCUGCAAUGAAGAUGACACGGUUGAGUUGGUGGAGUGCCUCCAGAACAAGAACUAUAAAGAGCUCAUCGAGCAGAAUAUCACCCCUGCCAAAUACCACAUCGCCUUCGGCCCUGUGAUCGAUGGAGAUGUCAUUCCAGAUGACCCUCAGAUCCUCAUGGAACAAGGAGAGUUCCUCAACUAUGACAUCAUGCUGGGCGUGAAUCACGGCGAGGGGUACAAGUUUGUGGACGGGAUCUUAGACAGUGAGGAUAGAUUAACUAGCAGCGACUUUGAGUUCGCAGUGUCAGAAUUCGUCGAUCAUCUGUACGGUUAUCCGGAAGGUAAGGACACGCUGCGAGAAACCAUAAAGUUCAUGUACACGGACUGGGCGGACAGGGAGAAUCCUGAGAUGCGACGGAAAACACUGGUUGCACUUUUUACGGAUCACCAGUGGGUGGCGCCGGCCGUGGCUACAGCAGACCUGCACGCGCAGUACGGAUCACCAACGUACUUUUACGCAUUUUAUCAUCAUUGCCAGAGUGAGAUGAAGCCCGCCUGGGCCGACUCGGCACAUGGAGAUGAACUUCCAUAUGUUUUUGGAAUUCCGAUGAUUGGUCCCACUGAUCUCUUCAACUGUAAUUUUUCCAAAAAUGAUGUUAUGUUGAGUGCGGUGGUCAUGACUUACUGGACUAACUUUGCCAAAACAGGAGACCCAAAUCAACCAGUUCCCCAAGAUACAAAAUUCAUCCACACUAAACCAAAUCGCUUUGAGGAGGUGGCAUGGUCUAAAUACAACCCUAAAGACCAGCUCUACCUGCACAUCGGCCUGAAGCCUCGUGUUCGUGACCACUACAGAGCUACCAAGAUUGCUUUCUGGUUGGAGCUCGUGCCACACUUGCACAACAUCAACGAACUCUUUCAGUAUGUUUCAACAACAACCAAAAUUCCACCGCAGGACACGACGCCUUUCUCAUACACCAAGCGUUUGUCCAAACUCUGGCCUUCCACCACACGCCAUCCAGCCAUUCCGCCAGCAAACACCAAACAGAUGUCGGACCAGCAGAAGACCGAGCAUGGCGAUGGGACUGUUAUCAUCGAGGCGAGAGAUUACUCGACCGAGUUGAGUGUCACGAUUGCCGUUGGCGCUUCUCUGCUCUUCUUGAACAUCCUGGCAUUCGCCGCACUCUACUACAAGAAAGACAAACACCGCUUGGAGUCCAGUCGGCGACUGAGUCCUCCAAGAAACAUUGUUAACGACAUUCCUCGUGUCCCAAGUGAGGAACUGAUGUCCCUACAGAUGAAGCAGCUCGACCACGAUCUCGACCAUGAUCUCGACCACGAUUGCGAUUCGCUGCAAGGUCAUGACAUGAUUCGCCUAACCUGUCCUCCCGAUUACGCGCUUACAUUGCGACGUUCUCCUGACGAUAUCCCGCUCGUGACGCCAAACACCAUCACUAUGAUUCCCAGUUCUUUUGGUGGCAUUCAAACAUCGUAUCACCCCUUUAACGCGUUCGGUAACAGCACCCCGAGUAGCGCGGGCCUCCCACACGGACACUCUACGACGCGAGUAUAACUCGGUGCCAGUUACUUCACUCUGCAAGUGAAAGAUUAUUUACAGGAAAAAGAGCGCACCCAGGUGCUUGAAUACAAACACUGAGGGUGUUAUUUUGUUACAGACUCUUUUAUGAAUUAAGUAACAUUACACUUAUUAACCUGUAUAAUGUGAACAGUGAAUGUAAUAACUUUUCGCAACUCAUGGGACAGCAACUGAAGCUCAAAUGAAACAAGCGUCAGGCAUAAAGAGCCCUCAAAUAUUACUGAAUAAACGAAGAAAUAUAAUUUGCAUCCUGACUUCCUGAUUUAACAUGUGAGAAAAUUUGUUAAGACAGUCACAUGCAAAAGGUUAAAACCUGCAUUUAUUAGUGAUGCACUGAAAUGAAAAUUCUUGGCUGAAAAACUGAAAAUUGUGGACACACUGUAAUCCAAAAGAUUCAGGUGUCUUGAUCACAGUACUGAAGUGAUGCUGUACAGUCCCAGUAAAGUAUGACAGAGCUACUGUAUCUUUCACAACCUAGCACUCAGACCGGCCUGCAAGAUGGGUAAUUGCACAGUUCAGCAGUAACUUUUGGGCAUGUUUGUGCAGUUACCUGAUUUGCAUAAUUCCUUAAGUGAAUCAGGUGCUAAAAAACAGACAUCACAUACAAAUAAACUAAGCUUUCAGUGGGUGCAGUUCAUUCUAAAGGCCCCGCUUUACUCACGGAGAAGUACUUUUUUGUUCUUCGCUCAAAGCUAAAAAGAAGUUCGAAACAGCUGAGAAAUGGUGUACUGUCUGCGAACAUUCAGACACCUGCUAUGCUGCAGUGGGAGGCAUUUAGAGGAGCAUUUAACAACCUAGUCUCAUAGAAUGAAUGUUACUAUAACUACAUUUUUGCAAACUGCCUUUUACGUGCCUCAUUCUAUGUUUCGCUGCAGUUUACUGGUGAAAUUAACACUAGAUGCGCUACAACAACUGCGUUUUAUUCAGUAUCACACAAAUCACAAGGACAACCAGUGUUAUUUUUUUCACAGUUUUUUGUUUUAGUCUUUUGAUGAAAAUGUCCUUUAAAAAUAGUCAGUUUCGUCAUGUCAUUGUAACGAGGUAAAAGGUAAAGGAGGAGGCGAGAACCGGCUUAACAACAUAAAUAAUAAUUUAAUGAUUAACUUAAACAAAAAGACAAAAAGACGGGCAGCUGCCCGUAACUCUCUCUCUCUGUCGAACUGCCAUCUCUGGUCACCUUUAUCCCUCUCAGGCUUGAUCAGCCUGAUUAGGGGCCGGGUGUGCAGAAUCACGGCCCUGCCCCACCCUCCGCCCUGCCACAUUCCUACCUCGUCCUCUCAGGCCGGGGAGCCCCUGGCAUGACAUACCACCCCCCCCCCCCCUUUUCCGGGGGGCGUGCCCCUCCGGCCCCAUCUGCCGGCAGGACAUCCCCGCCUUCUUGGAUCUGGUAGGGGACAAGGGGAGGGAAACAACAACAAUAACAAAAAACAAAAAAAGGUGUUACUUAUACACCGUAACGGUGAUGAGACCAAAAUAAAACACAGUACUAAAUAUUUAAAAAGAGAGGGAAAGGCCAACGCGGAGCGGGAGAGAGAGAGGAGAGGGAGAGGAAAAAUAAAACAAUAAUUUACUCACCAGUUCUCCGAUACACUGUAGCCUGGUCCUCGGCCACUCCUCCACCCUCUAGUGGACGACAGCCGCGCCUCCCUAGGUGCAUCGGAGGCAGUCCUCCGGCCCCAGGCCGACGGAACGCCCCGCCGCGUUUUCAGUGGAAGGAAGGGGUCUCAAUCGCCCCUGGGAGCGGUUCUCCUGCUCCAGGCGGUCGGCCUGGAGCCCCUCCCCACUCGCGGUCAGCGGGCUGCGUUUUAAAUGAGUGUUAACGGGUAGAAUUCAGACAAAAGAAUGAUUAUAAGAGCCAUAUCUUACUUCGGGCAGAUGUGUGAAUGGCUUUUGACUGCAGACGGCUCAUGAAUGAAGCAGCUUAUCAAACAACAGAGUGAGUGGGCACUUAAAAGUAUUUGAGUAGAUUUGAUUUCUUUGCAGACUAAUUUAAAAAGAAAUCUUGGAAAAUGUCUCUACGCGAACAACUGUACAGAUGUAGGUAAGUUUGUGCCAGCUCGCACAUACUAAGUCUGCUGGAUGAGCUCCAGGUCACACCUACAGAUGGUGUGUUUACUAAGUUUUCCUGAAAGGUUGCACUGGCGAGCUGUUACAAGCCAACGAAACAAACUCAAAAACACCUUUGUUUUGGGCGGAUUUUGUUCUAAAUUACGCCACACCGUUCAUUCUUUGAUUUCGUAUGAAGUAUGUCGGGGCCUUUAGUGUAUUCCUCCCUAAAAGUUCUAAAGCGAGUUUUAUUAGUAUCACACACAGUGCUAACCAGCAAUAGAACCAGUAGCAUUGAUCACUGGGGUGAAUUAAAGGGGUUAUCAGUUUCUCCUGAUUGUCCUGUUUUUGUAUACGUGCCGUAGAUACACCUCCAAUGAGUGCAUCAAACAUUGUGCCAACCAAGUUCUUUUUGUGAUUUCAAGAAAUAAUAAGAGCUCAAACUCUUGUGAGGAGCCACAAGCGUACACAUCUUACAUUUUAAACGAGAUCGGGAAGCAAUUUAAACAAAAUUGUGCCAUACACUCGAGAGGGUUUAGAGUUAGUUCACUCAGAGAUGAAACUUCUGUCAUUAUUUACUUUCAUGGUGUUCCAAACUGGCAUGUUGUUAUUUAUUUUUUUCAGUGGAACACAAAAGGAGAUUUUUUAUUUUAUUUUAUGACUCUUAGAGCAGAUCAUAGUGACAUAUGCACAAUAUUCCCAAGUCGUCAAGCCAAAUGAUAGCUUAGUGUGAGAAAUCAGACCCAAAUUUAAGGAAUUAUUCACGGAUAACCUUCCCUUAAUUUUCUCUAAAAUCCAUUGCACUUAGCUGGACGUUCAUUGACACUAAAACGGCAUUGUUUCUUGAAGGUGUCGCAACCGAACAUCUUGUGUUUUACGCCAGAAAAUGAAACAAGAUCAUACAGGAAUAUGGAAUGACAUGAAAAUGAGAAAAUAAAGACAUUUUUACGGACUUGUAUCAAUAGAGCGAUUGCCUUCGAACGGCAGUGGUCAUACUGUAUAUUAUUUCUCAGCCUGAAGAGUAUUAUUUUAGUGCAUAAUGUAUAUAGCAUAGAAUCAAUGGUAAAUGAACAUUCUCAGCUUGCAGUAUUGCUUUGAAUUAAUCUGUCUUUUUAGGACUUUUUUCUUGUACAGUUCUGAAUGUACGUUUGCCAGCCUGUUUUCAAAACUUUAUUUAAUAAUUUGCUGUAUGUGACAGUAUGUAAUGUAGUCUUUCAUUUUCAAUCACUUAUUCCAUAACGCCAAACAAAUCUGAGGGAAACCCAUAAAAGUUGUUACAAUUAUAUACUGUUUUUCUUCUACUUUUAAGGUGAAGUGUGUAGUUUCUGUACCACUCGCAGCACCAAACAGAAUUGCAAUCUGUUUGUCCAGGAUAAGUGAAGUCAGUGAAGAUGGUAAACAACUUCCUGUGAAUGUAAUCUGUAAACAGGACAUUUGCAUAUUGUUUUCUGUGCCAAUACAAUAUAGUGUUUUUACAACUGUAGUGGUGUUUUUGUUCUUGCCAUCCUAUUGCAUAAAGAUUCAUAUAGUCUUUGAAGAGAUUUUUUAUUUUAUUUUUUCUGGUCUGGUUUAUUCAUAGUCUAAUCUCAUUUUUGCAUAGCACUAUAUUUUGCUCUAUUGUUGCUUUUUUUUUUGUUGUUGUUUUUUUUUUUUUUUUACGCCCGGAUCUAUAAACCAUUUUGAUAAAAAACUGCUUUGAAUGACUCAGUAAGUUUACAUUAUUUAUUUAUUUAUUUAUUUAUUUAUUUUUCAAAACAUUUUCAAAACUACUUUAGGGGUUUCUUGCAGUGGAGUGACACAGAAGCUCAGAUGGAGUUUUGCAUUGUGUGUCCUCCAUUUACAAGCGUUUUUUGUCAAUCGAGUCCAUGCACAUCGACAGAAAUUGUUGCCGUAUCUUUUGGCAUAGUAAAUAUAUUAUUCAAAACUAAGUCCAAUGUGUCAGUUGUCAUGUUUAUUCUGUUGGUUCAUGUUUUUCAUUUUGAAAAUCUAGUUCUGUUUCAUGUCAUGUGGCAUUUUCAUGUUUCCCUCCAUGUUCAUGUGUCUUGUUUUCAUUGGUUUAUUGUCUAGUUAUCUUGUUCUGUCUUUUCAUUGGUUAACUUGUUUGUCUUGUUACCCCUGUCCAUGUAUUUAAGCCUCAUGUUUGCCAUUGUCAGGUAUUCUGUAAUGUAUAGGCUUAGCAAUGAUAGGCAGAUGAUGACGAUGAAGAUGAGAUGAUGUGAAGAACCCAAGUGUAAAUUUAUUCCAAUCAUGAUAUCUAGAAACCCUAACUACAAACGUGAAUAAACCAUAAACACAUGAACUUGACUAUAACUUGCCUUGACAUAAACUUAACAAUCCAACAGUUACAUUCACAAACAAUACCUGACCAUGGACAAUGGCAAAAACAUGAACCAACAGAAUAAACAUGACACAGUCCUUGAUCUAACAAGUUAAUUAUGUAAAUGUAAAUGUUUCAAACUCGCUCUAAAUCUGAUGCUUCUGUAAAUCUUGAGGAUUUUUCCCUCAUUCUUGACUCUGUAUGCAACACCUGUAUGAUUUUGUUUUGCCUCAUUGAAAGGUUUGUUGACGGAAAAAUUUUAUGGAAUUUUUGCUGCUUUUUCUAAAAUGAAAUAAACUUAGAUUUUACUCAUCUGCUCCGUCAUGUUUAUUAUUGUUUUAUGUUUUUAUUAUUCUUUAAGAAUUAGGGAAUUAGCUGAUUUGUUUUUAGCAGUAACACAUGAACCUUUCAAGACUAUAAGUUAGAAGUUAUAAGGUCUUUUUUAUGAUGCUUUGCCCAGUAUUUUUACAGUCACGUUCACUAUUCUCUGAUCUCAAAACCUGUUGUGUUUCACAGAAGAAAGAAUGUCAUACAGACUUCAAAUGACAUGAGGGUGAGUAAAAAAUGAUGAAUAAAUAAUUCAUUCAGUAUUACUCCUGCGGAGCAGUGUCAUUGUUUCAGUUACUUAUUUAAUUUUAAAAAGGGAUUUUCUAUUAUUUAAUGUUGUAUUAUGUAUUUUUGCAAGUUUUCUUCUAAGCAGUGUAACUUCUUUAUUACUGAACAAAACCAUAAAAACUGACAGGGCAUCUGCGUUUUAUGUCUGCUUUUCAUAAAAAACUUAAGCUGUUUUCAUUAUUCAACAGAAGCAGAGGUGUGAAACUGAUAAAGAAGAUACAUGUUUUUCAUAGCAGUUUUUCUUAAUAUUCAGCAGUAUAUGCCAAUAAAACUUGUACUUUAGCAUUAUCCUUGAGCGACCCCGCGUCCACAUGUGUGGACGUUGUAUUUUGGCUUUGCUAUAUGCAACGAAUCAUUUAAAUGCAUUAAA